AUUAGUAAGUUCGUUCGUACAAACGAAUUAUACGAUUCUCUUAGUGUGCGUCCGUGUCGGUGUGCGGAAAACAAAAAAAAAACCACCAGCGAAAAUUCUUGUAAUAAAAAUCAAUCGGAGCGAGGAAGGCGCCGCGCGGGGCGCCGACUGGUCGGGCGCUCCCCCGCAUACUUACCUACAACUCUAUAGUGCAUCUACCUCCUGCCUCCCCGAUUUAUUCCGCGAAUUCUACUUUACACCUCUUCCUAAACAAUCGAAAAACUUUCUCCGAAACGCGUAGUUUUGUAGCCUUGAAAGCUUUAGAUUUCAAAAGAUCGCAUGGAAACUCGAAGCGGGGGGACGACGGGGCGAAGUCGUUUUGUUUUUAUUUCUUCGACGAAAAAAAUAACGCCGCCCUGCAGCGUCCUAAACAUGCGCCACGCAGCUACGCGGGCCCGGCCGGGUGUGUGCGGGAUUCACUUUCAUUUGCGACAUCCCAUCCCGAAGGUCACCGCGCGGCAGCGGAUCCUGGCCGUGUUCUAGGUAAGUAAAGUUCGUUAUUCGCGCCCUUUUCCCACGUUUAUCGCGUCCGUGUUUUACUUCGUCCUUCGCAAAGACGGUAGACUUCGCGCACGUGUUUGGUGUCCACGGUAACGCGGGGAGAGGGUUAACCGCGCAAGUUUUACAUUCACUAUUCCCGAGUCCGCAGGUGCGAGUGGGUACUUGUGUCGCCGUCCGUCACGUGUUUCGAUAAAGUUUUGAAAUUUACGCGCGUCAAAUACGUUACUAUCGGAGAGUUAUAUGUGGGGUAGCUAGUUAUACUUAAGUUUGCGAGCGUCCCGGCAAAAACAAACAGAAUUAAAAAAGCGCUGGCCUUGCGGGCGACAGAAAGGGAGGGAAAUUAACUUCGCACUCUUCAUUUGUGCACCAAUCGAGAAAAAAUUCAAUAAAGCUCGCUUCCUUUUGUCUAAUUGCCUACGUAUACGUACUUAUGCCGACUGUUCGAUUGCUGCGACAUUUAGAAGGAAAAUGGAGCAUUUCGCUGUAUCGCCCGCGAGGGCCCGACCUCUCGACAAUAGGAAAUGCCUGGCCGCGGUUUUCCGCAGGUCAAGCACGAACCGGCCUCCGAAGACGACGACUCGCAGUACGCACACGGCUAUCUCACCAAUCAGGGUUCGGAAAGUCUGGAGGAGCUAGCGCCGCCGGCGCCGGCGGGCCCCGCCGCCACGCCGGUCGCCAUCAAGCAGGAGCCCGCCGAGCCUGCCGUCACGCUCGAGACCCUCGCGCCGGCGCCGCACUCGGACACGCUGGGUUCCAUGCUCAUCGAUAGACACAAGACGCUGUCCGGCGCGAACGAUGCUGACUCCAUGGAUUUCAUGCCUCUCCUUAUUGUUAAAGACGAACCUCUCUCUGAAGGAGAGCAACACCACCUGAGUGGGUCAGACACGAGUGACUCCAGCACCCAGCCGGAGCCGCCUCGCGGCAGCCCUAAAAACUGGACACAGCAAGACAUGGAACUGGCUCUUGAGGCCCUGCGGACGCACAACAUGAGUCUUACUAAGGCGUCAGCCACAUACGGCAUCCCGUCAACAACGCUGUGGCAGCGCGCGCACCGGCUUGGCAUCGACACGCCCAAGAAGGAGGGCGCGUCCAAGUCCUGGAGCGAAGAGGAUCUUCGCGGCGCCCUUCACGCGUUGCGGUCCGGAGCUAUUUCUGCCAACAAGGCCAGCAAGGCUUACGGCAUUCCAAGCAGUACGCUGUACAAGAUCGCUCGGCGCGAGGGCAUCCGCCUGGCGGCUCCGUUCAACGCGGCGCCCACCGCGUGGCGGAGGGCUGACUUGGAGCGGGCGCUGGCGUCCAUCCGCUGCGGAGCGGCGUCUGUACAGCGAGCGGCUUCGCAAUUUGGCAUACCUACAGGCACGCUGUACGGGCGAUGCAAGCGUGAAGGGAUCGAGCUGUCACGGUCUAACCCUACGCCCUGGUCCGAAGACGCAAUGGGAGAGGCCUUGGAAGCUGUUAGGGUAGGACAAAUGUCAAUAAACCAAGCAGCGAUCCACUAUAAUCUGCCUUAUUCGUCACUCUACGGACGAUUCAAGAGGUGCAAAUAUCAAAGUCCUCAAGCAAUGCCCCAGCAGAACAUGCCGGAGAUGGAGAUGGAACCCCAACAAGCCCAGAUGUACUAUCAGCACCAAGUGCCCAUGCCCGAGGAAUAUCAUCAGAGCUACAUGACGGAACCUGAAGUCAUACAUGCCCCUGUCAUUCAGGAGCCCUAUGGGAUGUACUAUCAAGGUUGCAGCAGCAGUAUCGCGACGAGUUGAGGGUACAACGCCUCAGGAAGCGAGGGCCCUUGACAUUGCGCUUUCUGAGGGACGUAAUUAUUAGUCCAAGAAGAUUUGAGGCUUACAGAAAAAAUGAGGGUAUGGUAUAACCUGCGCACAUUGUUCUAAAAUGUCGAGUGGGCUGUAUCUGUUGCCUGUGCCAAGCAACGGAGUCCAAAAAUCCAUACGUUGCGAGUU